AUGUCUGCCUAUAAUUAUACACCACUUCCACCUGGACAUAACACCAUUCGCAUGCUUCGCCUCUUACCGAAUAAAGACCGAGCUGCUCCAAUUGAAUGUGGGCUCAUUGAGCACCCCCUCAAAGAACAGGAGGAGCAAGCCUACGAAGCCCUGUCGUAUGUCUGGGGCUCAACAGAAAACCCCUCUUUGAUAUACGUCAACAGCUACUCCCUGGAAGUCACGUCAAACUUGCAUGCAGCGCUGUCGCGCCUUCGAUAUGAACGGUUCCCGAGGCUGCUGUGGGUCGAUGCUAUAUGUAUUGACCAGAAAAGUAACACAGAGAAAGAAGAGCAGAUUCAAUUGAUGGCUAAAAUCUAUGGGCAGGCUAAGAAUGUUAUCGUUUGGCUUGGAGAAGAAGAAAAUGAUAGCACUCUGACGCUAGCGAGAUUACAAGUCGCUGCGGAAGGCGAGAGUCUGUUGGUAGAAUUCAACGAUGCAGCACUUAUAGAACUCUUAGAACGCCCUUGGUUUCGGCGGGUCUGGGUUCUUCAAGAGGUUGGAGUUGCUCGGUCGGUCCUGGUCAAAUGUGGCCCUAUGGAGAUGAAUGGCUAUGCAUUUUCCUCAGGUUUGCGCGGUAUAGAGGACUUUCACAACAGAUGUCCGAGGCUGCAGAGUUUGAUCAAUUCCGUACGCCCAGUCACUUAUCUCUUAGGAAGAGCAAUAUUCCGUCCGGGUUACGGGGUAAUGCACGAGAGGAGACGCCCUUUGGGCGAGUUACUUGAUAUGUACCAUUCCCACAAGGCUACCAUACGCCAUGAUAAAGUGUUUGCCCUUCUUGGUAUGUGCUGCGAUAACCUGGAGGUAGUGGGCUUGUUGCCUCACUAUGAGGUCCCUUGGGAAGUCCUCUUCCAGCGAAUUAUUAGGCAUGUUCUGUCGCAAAGGGUAUCGAUAGAAACUUGGCCUGAUAAGGAAUUAGCGUUGAUAAAGGGCAUGGGUUAUAGCCUAGGGAGGGUAUCUGCAGCGUACGGAGACAAAUCUCGAUUUGAUAGACAGCAUGUGCACAUUGACUGGUACAACUCGACACAAUCAUUUCAGUACAUCAAGGAUCCGAGACGUGGCUGCAGUCACAGCGUCGAACGAGGCACCGUUAAAUGGACCGUGCGGGUCACAGCACAGCCCGUCAAGCCUGGGGAUGUUGUCUGUUUCAUACAAGGGGCAUCGAAGCCAAGCAUUGUGAGGCCAUUCAAAGACUAUUUUAAUAUCAUCAUAAUAGGAGUAACUCCUCUAUAUAUCGCAAAUGGCGAAACCUUUCAAGAGGAUUCUUUAACGUCAGAGCAUCCAGACCCCCUUGACAAUAUGGGACAGGAAUUUAGGUACGAGUAUCUCCGGGUGCUUUUGCUCGUUUGGAACUGGGGACCGACCUUCUGA